AUGUAUUCCUCCGCGUCAACUAGUGUUGAAAAGACAGUAGAAUUAGUAAAUGAUAAAAAAGAUGUGGUAACUGAACUAAUAGAAAAAAAGGAUAUUAUAUGUUCAUGGUGCUUUGACAUAUUAAAGCAUGAGUUAAAAAGGGAAAAGUAUGACUAUAUUCCUGCAGUGUUAGAAGCAUUGCAUCAGAAAGGAUUUAAGAUACCCUUUUUUGUAAAAUGGAUGAAAUUGAACGACAUGAAUGACUUAGGCUCUUAUGAUUACGAUGCAUAUGAAUUAAAAGGAUGUAUAGGUUGUUUAAGUGAAAUAGAUAUUUUAGAAUUACAUUAUUAUACUUUACAAAGUUCACUUUACGAUACAAGAUUUGACCCUAUAACACUUAAAGAUUUACCAUAUUUAAUUGUUACUAUUACGUAUUUAUUUAAUUUUGAAGAAUGUAAUCAUAUUUAUGAUUGGGUUAUUGGGAAACAUGGUAUAAAAAUAAAUUUUACUGUGAACAAAAAAAAAUAUUCUUCUACAUUUUUACCUGAUGUAGCAUCACAACAUAACUUUGAUCAUCAAACGACGAUCAGGAAAUUAAUAAGGAAAGCAAACUACAGGGGGGAAAUUAACGAUGAAUUGUUGAAAAUCAUACAAGUAGAACGAUACGAAGGUGUAAACUGUAGCCUCACGUAUACAGACUAUGAAAAGAUGAAGCGUUCAUAG